UAUGGUUCUGAACUAAACUGCCUAAAUAAUUAGAUAAAUUGCGAAAAAAGUUUUAUAGAAAUUUUUAGCCGCAAUUUUCAUUGCUUACACUUAUAAAAUAAAUGUACACCGGAAACUGUAACCUGGAAGUGUAGGAGGUAUGGAGCUUGCAACGCUUCCUAAUGUGGAAAACGCCAUCCACAGAAAAAGUCGCCACGACGAAUGUACGAGGAAGAGAACCCGUUUUUCGUUGCCAUUAAAAAAAUAAGACUUUCACUUCUUUUUGCGAGUACCUAUUAUCUGUAAGACAUUGACGCAUGCUGACAAACCGGUGUUAAAUCAUGGCAAGUCAUCCUCUCUCUAUUUGCUGAUAGAUAGUUCCUUAACUUCCGUUUACUGUCGCCAGACGGAAAUCCGGCAGAUUGUGAAACUGAAGCUUUUAUUUGGUUAGAGAGUUAGUUUGUAUUCGAGUGUCAAAGCAAUAAUAAUUUUUGAUUUAAUCAUUUUUUGUCAUUUUGUUAAAAAAUUACUAUGUUAAAUAUGAUUCGAUAUUCAGAAGACUAUAUAAGCUCAUAUACAAAAUAUUCUUUAUUUUUUUUCAAUUUGAUAUUUUGGUUUGUAGGAGGUGCUGUUGUAGCUAUUGGAGGUUGGUCAUUUUUAGAAGAAUACAAUUUCAAGGGUCUUCCACAAGUAAACAGUGCCUUUGAGCUUUUUGUUCAUGUAUCUAUUGUAAUCAUGGUUUUUGGUGGAAUAGUUUUUAUUAUCAGUUUUGGAGGUUGUCUUGGGGCUCUAAGAGAAAACUUGUGUCUCUUAAAGUGUUAUUCAUUUACUCUGUUGCUUCUCUUCAUCGGAGAAAUGGCACUGACUGUGUUUGCUUUUGUGUUUCCAAAUAAAUUUGUUGAUCUUCUAAAAGUUGGUGGUUUAUCAAAAGAAUUGAUAGUCAAGUACAGAGAUGAUGCAAAUCUGCAAAAUGUCAUUGAUGCUCUGCAAACAGAAUUUCUUUGUUGUGGCAUAUCUGAUGAAGGCUAUAAAGAUUGGUCAAAAAAUAUAUACUUUAACUGCUCUACCCAAAAUUUGAGUCCUGAAAGAUGCGCUGUACCUUAUUCUUGCUGCAGAAAUCCACAUAACAUUGAGAGUGGCUUGAUAAAUAUAAUGUGUGGUUAUCAAAUGCAGAAUGCUUCUUCGGUAACAAAUGCGGCAGAAUUUAUCUUUGCCAGAGGCUGUAUAGAAGCCAUUCAAGAUUAUAUAGUUCACAAUCUUCAUCUUGUAGCAGGAAUCUUUCUUGUUGUGUCAUUGAUACAGUUGUUUGCUAUGUAUUUGUGCAAGUCAUUGUUAGCCCAAAUAAAUGCCCAGAUAUCCCAGUGGAGAUGACAGUUGGAAGGUAGUUCUUGAUGCUAGUCAAGUAUUGAAACUGAACAUCUAAGUUAAAGUUUUUAUACAUCUGCUUGUAAUUGGUGAAAAGUAUUUUGUAUUUAUAUUCAUUGUUGUUUCAGAGUUUUUACUUCUCCAAAAGUAUAUAUAUAUAUAUAUAUUGGACUUGUAAAAUAGUUUUAUCUUGUUAUACUAUUUUAUAUUUUUGAACACUAUUUGAUUCUUUACAAACUCAUUUUUAUAGGAGUAUUAAUUUUUCUACAGUAUUACUAGAAAUAUACAGUAAUAUUUCUGUAAGGCAUAGAAUGCCCACUUUUGUUCUUUUAUUCACAUUUGUUAUCAGUUUUGGUAGAAAUUUAAUAUAUAGAAAUAAUAUGACCUCAUAGGUGCCAAUUUUUACAGUUGCCAAGGAAAAAAAAUUUCUUAGUGGUAGUAGCAUUAUUUUUUAAAUAUAUAAAAUCUUACCUUAAAAGCUAAUUCUUUUUACCUACCGUGAUAGAUCAACAAUUCAAACUUAUGUAUAUAAGAGUUGUUGAAAUAGCUUAAGUUUUAGAAAAUUCUUAAUAUUUUAAGUUUUAUUUUUCUACUACUUUGAAAAGUCUUUCUUGAUGGCCGUACAAGUUAACAACUAUGUAAACUGCAUAAAAAUAUAUAUUUUGUAAUAAGAAAAAGCUUGAAUAUUUAAAUCAUUUUGUGAAAAUAUGCAAAAAGAAAAUCAAAAACAUAACCUUGUCUUCACAUGCUAUCACUGUGCUAUAUUUUGCAUUAAUUACAUGUUCAUUCUUUACAGUAGUGUGAAGGCACUCUAAAGUAGGGGUGCUCAACCUGCGGCCCAUCGACUACUGAAGUGCGGCCCGCGAGAGUUUCUAAACACAAAAAAUAAACAAAAAUGUCAACAAAAAAAAAUUUGGCGAACAUUUUUAAUCGUGUUUUUGAGUCAAUUUUUACAGAUUCUAUAGUAAAUGUAUGUUUAAUGUGCUUUCUUUAAGCCAAGUUUAUUUUAAAUCUAAAUGAUUAUUUAAGCAGUUAUUUCCACUUUUCAAAAAUCCCUAAUUUUUAUCACGAUAUUGUUACGACACGCCAGUUUAAGAUCGCCCAUUUAAAUAAUCACUUUUUGGCGCAAUUUAUUUAUGCCGAUUUCAUCGUAAAUCUAAGUGACUUUUUAUCUUUCUUUUUUUUCAGCCAUUUUUUUCGGCAGUUAUUUCUAAGCAUCCCACGUAGUAUAAGAAAUUUCGAUAAUUUAUUAAGAUAAGUUAGUUUUAAAUCGCGCAUUUGACACGCUUUGUUCAGCAUAAAUUUAAAUGAUUUUUCCUAAAAAUAUAUUACUAUACUUUUCCACAUGAUUUUGACGAUCCCGUUAUUUAACCACGAUGUUAUUAAGACUUGAAAAUUUCUAAUCACACAUUUAAAUAAUCACCUUUUUAUGUGGUAUUUCGGUUCAGUUUUAUCGUGAAUCCUAGUUAUUUUUCAGUGAUGAAUGUGAUUUUGUCAAAUACUGAUAUUCGGCAGGGAAAAAAAAUAGGCCCAAUGCCGUAUAUUUGGGGCCAAAUAGCAACAUUUUUUACCAGCAUAGCAAUACUGAAGCCAAAAUUCCAAUGCCCAGAAUAAUAUUUUCUGAAAAAGCAUAUUUAUAAAACAACGCUAUAGAAUAAGGCCUAUCGGAAACGCUUUUGAAAAUCCCGUGCUAUCAUAAAAAUUAAAGAUUAUAUACAAAAGCUAAACAGAGAAAAUAAAAAUCGGUCUUUAUUUUUAAAUGAAAAUUUUAAAGCUGAACAUCUCAGUUUUCCAAUUACUAGAAAAAGUCAAGAAAAAAGAAAUGAGUCUAACAGAAAUGCUCUUAAAAACUGCUGCAUUAUAAUAAAAACGUUAUAAAAAGAGAAGAUUUUUUUUUAUAGAAAAAAAAGCUAGAAAGAAAAAAAAAACAGAAAAUGUUCUUAAUUUUUUAAAUGAAAAU